GGUGACUGCGCGUGUGUGCUGGCGGAGGAAGACCUCUACCAUGUCCUGUGGGAAUGUGCUGAGUACGAGGACCUCCGGAGUGCAAUGUUACGGCCGGUUCACACAUGUCUCCGUUUUACUGUUCCGUUUAUCGUGUACGUUUUUUUUUCGUCGAUGGCGUAUGUAGUUGUAUGAGCGACUUCACACAUGGCACAGUAUUCUGUAUACAGUAAAAAAUAUCGUUCCGUAAAAAAAUGACAUUCCGUUUUGUCAUCGAAUACUGGACGCCGGAACAGUAAAAAUAUACGGAUACGUAGAAUUUUAACGGAUUGAUACUGUGUGCGUGGCGGGCGGUGUGUGCGGGGUGUAGGAGGGGGAGUGAUGCGAGUUGUUUGACUAUUUUCCAUUGUACAUUCCUAGAGAACGCGCGCGUCCAUUGUGUGUAAUAAUUAUUAUAAUCACUGAUCAACCAUGUCAACCAAGGAGUGGGAAAAGUUAAUAGACAAGGAAAUGUUAAUUAGUUUGGUGGAAGAUAGGCCAGUCCUUUGGGACAAGACGCUGGAUAAAUACAAAGACAAUACUGCAAGUAUUGCAGGUUGGCGAGAAAUAUGCAUUAUUCUAAUGGAGGAUUUUGAGGCUAUGGAACAAAGACAAAGACAAGAGUUCGGAAAACUUGUUAUGAAAAAGUGGAGACAGAUGAGAGAUGCCUGGGUGAGAACACUAAAAGAUAAAAAGAAUUGCAAGACGUCUGGUUCCGCUGUCUCAAACACGAAGCCCUACAAAUACCAUAAUCAGAUGCUGUUUUUGAAAAAAGUAGUUGCUGCUGGUGAAACGCACGAAAGCGUCUCUGCUAAACAAACUAAUGAACACAUCGAAGAUGACACCACGACAUCGAAUGAAUCUACAAACGAAGAUGACAGUGUUACUGCAAUGACACAACUUGACAAUGACAGUCAAAAGGACAAACAAAAUCUAGCCCCCCCGCCAAAACGCAGAGCACCAGCCAAAAGAAAUUUUAAUGAAAUUGAUGCCAAAAUGAUGUCCUACAUUGACUAUCAGAUAAAACCGAAGAAAAUUGAGCAGGAUGAUCGCAAUUUAUCGUUCUUCAAAGGUAUUUUGCCGUCCUUGGCUUUGCUUGAUGAUGACCAAACUUUGGAAUUCCAGUCAGGGGUGUUAAACCUAUUACAAAAUAUUAAACGUAGAAGAGUUGGCCAGUCAACUUAUGACUGGUCAGCCUAUACACAAACAUCUGGUGCUAGUCACUAUCAAUCCCAGGGCUAUUUUAGCAGACCACAGCCUACUGAUAGUGCACUAUCGCCAGUACAACCUGUAUACAGUGAUGCUAGCAGACCACAGUCUACUGAUAGUGCACUAUCGCCAUUACAAUCUGUAUACAGUGAUGCUACGUUAGAUCUGUCUGAGUUUUAAAAAUAAAAGUACGUACCUUAAAAA